GGACAUUCGUACGGAGGAUGGCAAAUACACGUAGUUAUGAAAAGUCAAUUGUGCCCUGGCCUUAUCCACUAACGUUUCUGAUCGAAACGAAGCAUUCCCCCGUUCCUGUCUCUGCUUACUCACCUCUCCCAUGAGACGAAGCAUAAAAUCAAAUAGGAUAUGUGGGUUGGAAAUAGGUCGUGAAAUUGAUUGAAAUACCUGGGGCUUGAGCGUGAUAUAUAGAGGGUGGUAGAGACCAAGCGACGUUGGGCGAGCGGCGCCGCCGGGGCUGCGUUGGUCCCUUCACCGGUGAUGAGCAUCCACCAGAUACAGGAAUGAACAACAUUGUGUAGGCACCUCGUCCAGACAUCUAAGGCGAAAAAUGCUGCGCCUGCACCACCAUAGUGCACCUGUCUCUCCGCACGCUGCGAUUUGUCCACCGAGUAGGCUUGCUUGUUCUUGCAUAUGUAACAAGCCAAACAGCAGAAUCACCGCUUCCCAGGGGUGGUCUUCCAUAAGGCGGCGAAUCACCACUGUUGCCAGUGGCCAGUCAGUACCAGGAUACACACCUGAUGAUGGCGAUCAAUGCCUUGAAACAGGCAACAAGCUCUCUUUUGCUACUGUGAAGGAGGCUUUCAUCCUGAACUCUGUGGGUGUCAGAAGUGAGCUAAUUCUUCUAGCUCUACCAGCAGUCUUGGGUCAAGCUAUUGAUCCAAUAGCGCAACUUAUGGAGACUGCAUACAUCGGUAGAUUAGGUGCACUGGAAUUGGCAUCGGCUGGUAUUGGUAUAUCGAUUUUUAAUAUUGUGUCAAAGAUCUUCAACAUACCACUGUUGAGCAUUGCAACCUCAUUUGUGGCAGAGGAUAUUUCUAGGAGUGCUACCAAGCAUCCUAGUUCAGGCAAAUUGGAGCUGACAUCUGUAUCAUCUGCCCUGAUCUUAGCUGCUGGAAUUGGUAUAAUGGAAGCAUUAGCAUUGUUCCUAGGAUCAGGAUUGUUUCUUAAACUAAUGGGCGUGUCACCUGUAUCUCCAAUGCACAGACCUGCUAAACUCUUUCUUUCAUUGAGAGCUCUCGGAGCACCUGCAAAUGUGAUUAUGUUGGCAGUCCAAGGUAUCUUUCGGGGAUUCAAGGAUACAAAGACUCCGGUGUUUUAUAUAGGUUUGGGCAAUCUUUCUGCUGUAGCCCUUCUUCCUCUACUUAUAUAUGGCUUUAAGCUUGGCAUAACUGGUGCUGCAAUUUCUACAGUUGUGUCACAGUACAUUAUUACAGUUCUUCUUCUUUGGUCUCUAAGUAAAAGAGCUGUUUUGCUUCCUCCGCGAAUAGAUCAAUUAGAGUUUGGUGGAUAUCUAAAAUCUGGUGGAAUGCUGUUGGGAAGAACUCUUUCGAUUCUGCUAACUAUGACCAUUGGUACAUCAAUGGCUGCUCGGCAAGGCCCAACAGCGAUGGCUGCUCAUCAGAUUUGUUUGCAAGUAUGGCUUGCUGUAUCCUUGCUUGCAGAUGCAUUAGCUGUUUCUGCCCAGGCGCUGAUAGCAAGCUCUUAUGCAAUAUUGGACUACAAAAAAGUUCAAAAGACAGCAAUGUUUGCGUUGCAGAUAGGAGUGUUUAGUGGGUUAGCUUUGGCCAUUGGAUUGUAUGCCUCAUUUGGCAAUAUAGCUAGACUGUUUACCAGUGACCCAGAGGUCCUAACGGUUGUCAAAUCUUGUGCACUGUUUGUCUGUGCCAGUCAGCCAAUUAAUGCCCUGGCCUUCAUCUUUGACGGUCUACAUUAUGGUGUAUCAGAUUUUGAAUAUGUGGCUCAAGCUACUAUCGUGGUGGGUGUUACGUCUUCACUCGUCCUGUUAUGGGCUCCGUCUGUAUUCGGCCUGGCUGGAGUUUGGGCUGGUUUGACUACACUCAUGGGGUUGCGUAUGGCUGCAGGCAUCCUGAGGUUGCUACAGAAAGCGGGCCCUUGGUCGUUUCUGCACGAGGAGCCAUAAGCUGAGGUGUAUCAACUACCAGCCUGCGCAGUUUGGAGCUGCUAACUUACUGCUGGGAGUUUACAUCACUGCAAAGAUUAUCCGAGUGUCAUGGAGGACUCGCUGAAGAUGUUACCCCUGUUACUCCUCCGGCUCAGAACAAAAUCUGACUUCAUUGCAUUUCUUAAAAUCAGUCUGCUAGAUGGCAUGGUUUGGUUUGGAUUGGUUUGGUGAAGGCGUGAGGCCCAUCUGAACAUCGGUGCGGCCUCUAUUUUUUUUUGGCGAACUCCUUUGUAUGCUAUAGCAGCUGUGCAGUUUCUGUAGAAGAAAAGAUACAAGGAUCAUUUAUAGCAUCGAUAUAUGAUGUAUGCAACUCCUCUGAAUUGUACUCGGUGUAAAUUAUUUUAGAACCGUUUUGUUGAUUA